CCACUUCUUGUAUAUAUACCUCGGCCAGGCCAUGGAAGGGUAUCAGUUGUUUCUUCUUCUCUCAACAACCACCAACCAACCAACAACCAACCAUCACCAUGUACGGAAUCUUCAAGUUCUUCGUCAUGCUCGUCGUAGCCAUCGUUGCUCUUGGUGGAGCCAUGGCUCAGGAUCACUACAAGCAUCACGAAAAGGCUUACUCUCACCAGAACAACAACCUCCACGCUUACCAUCCAGUACCAUUGUUCUUCGUCAUGAUCCUCCUCGCCGCUUUCGCCAUGGCCGGAGAGUACGAGCACGGCGGACACGGAGGCGCCGGAGGUCACGGCCACGGACACGGACACGCCACCUCCUACCAGAACUACGUCCUCCACUCCUACCACCCCGUCCCAGUCUACUACCACAAGGGACAUGGCCACCACUGAUCAGAUAGAUCGUACCAUUGCAACUUUCAACACUACAACUCCCUUUGUUCCUAUUAUAUACCUAUGUUAUCUGGCCU